ACCAUCGCGGCUGCGCACGGCAGCUGCUGUACUGUCGCCGUUAGCAUCUUCUGUCACCAUGUUUCGCUACUUCUGCUUUCUUGCACUCUUCUGGAACGUAAAGUCCGCCACGGCGCCGUUCAUAACGCCGUGCAAGAAUGGCGACACCGCAUGCGUCCAAGCGUCCGCUACGGCUUUGAUGCCGUUGCUUGCACGCGGCAUCCCCGAGUUCGGCAUGAAGCCGCUGGACCCACUCAAAGUACCACGUAUCACCAGCGAACAAGGCUCCCUUAAGAUCACCAUGACCGACACCGAGCUCACCGGACUCAAGGACUGCAAGAUUGAAACCCUCAAACACGACCGGAUCAAGGGCAAACAGGUACUUGUGCUGCGCUGCGACAUGUCGCUGGAGGGCGACUACGUGCUGGACGGGCAGCUGCUCAUUCUGCCUGUGCAGGGCAAGGGCAGGUACAAGAUUGAUAUUCGUGACAUCGUGAUAAAGAUCUUAACAGACCUGACGUCAGAGCAAGGGCCUGACGGCAAGGAGCACUGGAAGGUCGUCAAGUGGCGGGAAUCCUUCCAGGUCAAGACCGGAGUCAAGUUCCAUUUCGACAACCUCUUCAAUGGAAACAAAGCUCUAGCCGAUCCAGUAUUAGAAUUCGCGAACACAAGCUGGAAAGAUGUUAUGCAAGAGAUAGCGCCGCCGAUCAUACACACCAUCAUUGCAGCUGUAUUCGAGGAGUUCAAAGCCCUCUACAAGGCGGUGCCAGCGGAGGAACUUUACAUCCCUUGAACAUAACACACUAGUUUAUUGUAAAUAGUAUUGUACAGCAUUUUGUGAUGGUAGGUUAAGUUUCGUUUGCUAAAAAUGCAAUAACAAUUUAAAUAUAAAUGUUUAA